GGUACCUUAACAGUUAAUAACAAUUACAUUAUAUAACUAGACUCGCAUUUUCUAUGACUCGUAUUCCUAAUAUUCUUCAAAAACUAUCUUGUUAGGAUAUGUCUAAUAACGAAGAAUUGGCAAUUGAUGUUGAAGACCUCACCUUCAACUUCGGCGAAUCUCCAGUUUUGGAGAACGUAACUUUUAAAUUGCAGAAAGGAGCACGUUGUUUAUUAGUUGGUGCUAAUGGAGCCGGGAAAUCCACUUUAUUGACGAUAUUGGCGGGAAAGAGAAUGGUUCAAGAUAAAGUCUUAGUUUUGGGAAUGGAUGCUUUUAAAGAUUCUCCACUUGGCGUCACUUAUCUCGGUACCGAAUGGGCAAAUAACCCUGUUGUUAAGGGUGACGUUUUAGUCUCUACCCUUAUAUCCAACAUGAAAGGUGGUAUAUAUCCCGAAAGAGUAAAAGAAUUAAUUCAAAUAAUGGACAUUAAUCCAAAAUGGCGUAUGCACCAAAUAUCCGACGGAGAAAGGCGUAGAGUGCAGCUUGUUUUAGGAUUAAUUAAACCCUGGACUUUAUUACUCAUGGAUGAAAUUACUGUUGAUUUGGAUGUAUUGGUGCGUUCAGAUUUAUUGGAAUUCUUAAAAAAAGAAACCGAAGAGAGGAAUGCUACUUUAUUAUAUGCAACUCAUAUUUUUGAUGGACUUGGAGACUGGCCUACUCACAUAACUCAUAUAAAACGUGGAAAAAUCGUAGCAUCCCACGAUUUUCAUAAUAACUUUCCGGAAUUGGACAAUAUGAUGACCCAACAGCUUCUAAUCAAUAAGCAACAAUUGACAAACCGACAAUUAUAUAGAAAUAUGGGUUCACCACUUUUAAAAGUUGUUGAACAAUGGUUAAGAGAAGAUUUAAGAGAACUUAGAUUGCUUCAAGCUGAAGAAAGAAAAAAGGCCGAACAAGAAAGAGACAAAGUUUUGUUAGGAGAAGAAAAACCAAAGACCAAAUGGGACAUUUUAUCGGAUAAUGUGGAUAAAUAUGGCGAUAAAUAUUAUAAUUAUUGGGAUCAUUAAUUUUAUUAUACAUAUUUUAUAUUUAUUUAUAUAUAUACACCUUAUAUUUCUAUUUUUUGUAUCUUAUAUUAAUAAUAAGUAAUGUAAAGAUAGAAUGGCUAUUCAAUAUUCGUCCUUAUUUUAGGUUGUACGAUGUACCAAAUAAAAUGA